CGUGAACCGAACCGGACUUGUCAAGUCAUUCUUGCCUCUGAUCGUCUGACAGUAGCUUGACAGGGAUCGUGUCUACGCGGAAAUAAUAUGACGACACCUGGCCUAGACUAAAAGAGAAGUUAAACACCGACGCCAUGGGUUUCGGUAAUCAGCUGCUGCUGCUAUUGUGGAAGAAUUUUACUCUAAGAAAACGACAGCCGGUGCGUGUCGUCAUCGAGCUGGUAUGGCCAUUGUGCCUUUUCCUGAUCCUGGUGGGCGUGAGGACAAGACCUGACCUCAUCAUAAACCACCCAGAAUGUCACUUCGAUGGCAAGGCAAUGCCGUCUGCAGGGACGCUGCCGUUCCUGCAGUCAUUCCUGUGUACCUUUAACAACACAUGCCACCAAACAGUCACAGCAGACGAAAGGGCGGGAACAGUUGACAGCUUCAAUUCCUCUACUAUAUCCAGACUGCUGGAGGACAUAGAGAAGGUGCUGGCCAACAAUACAGAGAGAGAGGAAAUAUUUGAUCUGAUCAAUGACCUGGAGAAUCUCCAACAGCUUCAGGACAUUGUCUGGAAUGGGACAUCUGUAGGGUCUCUCCAACUAGGGAACUUGCUAGUGGAUCCUGAGCAGCUCCGGCAACAGAUCGCAGCCCAGAACAUCAACCUCACUGAGGGUGCCCUGAAUUCCCUCCUCAACGCAUCAUUGUCAGUCCGCAAUCUGGUGGGCAACGUAACAAGUGGCAACCCAUUCCCCUUCAUGAGUCUAGUGGUAUUCCUUGAGGAACUAGAAUUGCCCGACAAUGCCGCCAACUUCAAUUCAACUCUGGACCAGUUACGAACAGACGUCUGCAACAACAGCCUCCUGGAGAGGUAUUUUGAGUUUGGUAGUCCAGCAGAUGCACGGAACGUCCAGGAUCAGUUGUGUAACCUGAACAUCACCGAAGCCGUCCAGCUGUACAGGGACUUCCGUGAUGAUAUCAACGUGAUACAGGUUAUCAGCGAGGUGUCCGAGUAUGUGCAACAGAACACAGGCGUCAGACCCAACUUUGACAUUGAAUCAUACAGAAGACUACUGAACAUAUUUAGGGAUGUGAAUGACCUGAGCAGUCUGCAAGCUCUCCAGAAGGACCUGAUUGACCUGCGAGAUGAAAUGCAAGCUGCCCAGGAGGCCAGAGGACCUGGCAAUGUGACCCAAGACCUCAGCAUGCUCAUCUGUGGCCGACCCAACUCCUUCUUGCGGGUCAACCCUAACAACACGGACCUCUUCAGUGGGAGUUCUGGUUCAGGGCGGGUCGACAUGGAGGAGUCUGAAGAACAAAAGAUGAGGAGAGAGAAGGAGAGAGAGGAUGAGAUGAAGGAGUUCACUCCAUUCUGCAUGGACCUGUUUGCAUCCUUUGAGGCAACGCCCUACACUCGUAUCCUCUGGCGCCAGCUUAAGCCAGUCAUCUUGGGUGUUAUUCCAUACGCCCCGGACAAUGCUGCCACCAGGGCCAUCAUCAAGCAGGCUAAUGCCACCUUUGAGAACCUUGCCUCCCUCCUGGAUGUUGCUGAUGAUUGGCUGGAGAACGUGUCCCCUAGAGUGUACAACUACCUCGACAACAGCACCACCAUAGACUUACUCAGGAGAUUCACAUCACGAUCUGGAUGUGCGAAUCUGACUAAAGGGCUGAAGCUGCUUCAGGAAAUCAACCCUGCCACCAAUAUCCCCACCUUCAACACCAGCACCUGCGACUACUUCUCCCGCUACCUCUACAACGGCCCCAACACCACGGGGUAUGACUGGAGGGACUCACUCAACUACACCAACUACUUCAUGUCCGAGAUUAAGAAGUACCUGCAGUGUUUCAGAUUUGACAAGUUCCGACCAUAUCCAUCCGAGUACUCCCUGUUAAAGGACAGCCUGGAUAUGAUACAGACCAACACCUUCUGGGCAGCUCUGGUAUUUGAAACUGAUGAGGAUGCAGCAUCUGUCCCAAAUUACAUUUCCUACAAGAUCAGAAUGGACACAGACAAAGUAGACAGCACAAAGAAAGUACAAGACAAGUACUGGAGCCCAGGCCCCAGGGCCCGAACUGGCAUUGACACCAAAUACCUGACGUAUGGCUUUGCCUUCCUGCAGGAUAUGGUUGACCACGCAAUCAUCCGGGUGCAAACUGGUGUGGAGGAGGAAGUGGGGGUGUAUUUGCAGCAGUUCCCUUACCCUUGCUGGGUAAAGAACAGGUUUACAAUGACGAUAUCUCGGAGCAUGCCAAUGUUCAUGGUGUUAGCAUGGAUCUACUCAGUGGCCAUGAUCGUGAAGGGGAUUGUGUACGAGAAGGAACGUCGUCUGAAGGAGGUGAUGAAGAUGAUGGGGCUGGGUAACGGGGUCCACUGGCUGGCCUGGUUCAUCAACGCCUUUGUCAUGAUGAUCAUCACUGUCGUCAUGCUUGUGGCAGUGCUCAAGGGCGGUAAAAUCAUGGAGCACUCGGACCCAUCUGUUAUCUUUGUGUUCUUGUUGGCGUUCACGCUGGCAACCAUCAUGCAGUGUUUCCUGAUCAGCGUGUUCUUCUCCCGAGCCAACCUGGCGGCAGUGUGUGGGGGCUUCUUGUACUUCCUCUUGUACAUGCCGUACACCCAGGUGGUGCAGUGGGAGGAAUACAUCAGCACCUCCAUCAAGCUGGCCUCUUGCCUGUCAUCAAGUGUAGCGUUUGGAUUUGGCUGCAGCUAUAUAUCUCGCUAUGAAGAACAGAUGACUGGUCUACAGUGGAGCAACAUCGCUGACAGCCCCAUCCCCGACGAUGACUUCAGCAUGGCGCGGUGUAUCCUAAUGAUGUUGGCUGAUGCUUUCAUCUAUGGCCUCUUCACCUGGUACAUUGAAGCUGUCUUUCCAGGCCAGUAUGGAAUCCCUCGCAAAUGGUACUUCCCCAUCCAGAAAACCUACUGGUGUGGACAGCGUUACCAAGGAGACUCAAACUUCAUGGGCAACCCUGAAGCAGCCAACAUGGAAAUGAACUGUGACAAGGAGAAUCUAGAGGCAGUGCCCCCUAACAGUAAAGUGGGUGUGUCCAUACACAACCUUACUAAGGUGUACAAGACUGGGAAAAAACUGGCAGUAGAUGGGUUGUCGCUCAACUUCUAUGAGGGUCAGAUAACAUCUUUCCUUGGACACAACGGUGCAGGAAAAACUACAACCAUGUCCAUCCUGACAGGCCUGUUCCCUCCUACAAGUGGCACAGCGUAUAUCAACGAAAAGGACACCUCCCAGAUGGAUGAUAUCAGGAGCAGUCUGGGAAUGUGUCCACAGCAUAAUGUUCUCUUUGACCUCCUAACAGUAGAGGAGCACAUCUGGUUCUAUGCCCGACUCAAGGGAAGGACCAAUGCAGAGGUGAAGCAAGAACUGCCUCAGAUGGUCAAAGAUGUCGGACUGCCCAACAAGAUCAAAGAAAUCUCCAAGAACCUGUCAGGGGGUAUGAAGCGGAAGUUGUCAGUGGCUAUUGCAUUUGUGGGUGGAUCUCGCACGGUCAUCUUGGAUGAACCUACAGCUGGUGUUGACCCAUACGCUCGCAGAGCCAUCUGGGAUCUGCUCGUCAAACUGAGAACAAACCGUACCAUCAUAAUGUCCACCCACCACAUGGAUGAAGCCGACAUCCUUGGGGACCGCAUCGCCAUCAUCUCACAUGGCCGACUCUGCUGUUGUGGCUCUAGCCUCUUCCUUAAGAACCGCUUCGGCAGUGGCUACUACUUGACCCUUGUCCGCCAGGAUGACCAGGAGCAGAAAGAGGUUGAAGCCAUGGACGUAAUCAAACCUAAACCCAGCAGGCCAUCCACUGCCGGCAGCAUCCGCUCCACCAUUGAUGUUGUGCCAACAUUUGAGAUGGAUGAUGAAGGUUACUCUGAGCGACCAGACAGUGACAAGACCAGCAGUACAAACAGCAGUGACCCACCUACACCACCACCAGAGGGAGCCACUAUGAUGCGAGGUUUCUCAGUACAACGACUUACUGCCUUCAUACAGAAGUAUGUGAGUGGAGCCAGGCACGAGGACAACAACACAGAGCUGUGUUACCAGCUGCCAGAGGAGGCAGCUCACAGUGGAGACUUUGAGGCCUUGUUCUCUCAGUUAGAGAUGUGCCACUUUGACCUCGGCAUCUCCAGCUUUGGAAUCUCUGACACCAGUCUGGAGGAGGUUUUCCUGAAGGUUGCGGAGGAUAGCGGUGUGGACAUCCCCACAGGCGAGAUGACUCAUAAGCAGCUUGAACAGGUCUAUGAUGGAGGCAAAUAUCCAAAGCCAGUGUCUCGUCUGAGUUUCCGUAAGAAGAAGUUUGGCAUCUUCCCCAUCAAGCAGCGAGUGAACCGCGUCAACAGCACUACUGACCUGAUGGAGGACAGUGACCUUGAAAUGACAGAUGAGACAUCAGAACAAGCUAGUGAUCCAGGUUUCUGUGCCGAGUCAGAGACAAAGCUAUCAGGAUGGACCCUCAAACGACGUCAGUUCUGGGCACUUUUCAUAAAGCGUUUCCACCGUGUUCGCCGUAGCAAGAAGGGCUUUGUGUGUGAGAUCAUCCUGCCGGCAGGGUUUGUGUGUCUGGCCAUGGUGUUUGCCCUUAUCCUGCCCCCCUUCCAGGCGGAACCAGCCCUGGAGCUGCACCCCUGGCUCUAUGUGCCCCAGAAGGGCGACGAUCACCUCUUCAUGUUCUACAGUAAUGAUGACCCUGGUACAACCCUCGCAGACAAACUGGAAAGCACCCUCCUGUCCAAGCCCUAUUUAGGAACAAGAUGUAUGAACUCGUCGGUCUAUCAAAUCAGUGGGAUGCCAUGUGAGCCAUCAGAUGCAGUGGGAAAAUGGACGGCACGACCGAAGCUGACCGGAAACCUGUCCAUAGACUCUCCAUCCUGUUCCUGUGCCUCUGGAGUCCAGGAGUGUCCACCAGGUGCUGGUGGCCCCACCCCUUCCCAGACCUACCUCCCGACAACAGACUACCUCUACAACAUGACAGGGCGGAACACCAGCGACUGGCUAGUCAAAACCAUGAAGCAGUAUAUCAAGAGAAGAUACGGAGGCUUCAGUUUUGGAGACAAGAACCCUGUAGCUCAGCUGAAUUCUACACAAAUAGUGAACAUCAUUGACCGACUCGGAAGAGCAGCCAAUAACGGUUCUGCUGUUGUCGAUGGUAACGAGACAAUAUGGCAGGACCUGGAUGAUUUAUUCAAGAGAUUUGUCCGGCAGGACAUUGCUAAGGUAUGGUUCAACAACAAGGGAUGGGCAGCUGUCGUGGCCUAUAUGAACUCUCUCAACAAUGUCAUCCUGCGCAGUUAUCUCCCCUCCUCUAAGGACCCCAGUAACUUUGGCAUCACCACCAUCAACCAUCCACUCAACUAUACCCAGGAACAACUGAAUGAUGAAACAAUCAUGAACAGUGCCAUAGACGUCCUGGUGGCCAUCUGUGUCAUCUUUGCCAUGUCCUUCAUCCCAGCCAGCUUUGUGCUGGUGCUGAUUGAGGAGAGAGUGUCCAACAGCAAGCACCUGCAGUUUGUCAGCGGCAUCAACCCCACCAUCUACUGGGUGGCCAACUUCACCUGGGAUAUGAUGAACUACCUUAUUCCUGCACUGCUGUGUUUUAUAAUAUUCUUGUGCUUCAACAAGGAGGCUUAUGUUGGCCCUGGCCAUGCCCCAUGUCUUGUGGCUCUACUCUUCCUUUAUGGGUUUGCAAUCAUCCCCCUCAUGUACCCGUUUGCUCGGUUGUUCUCUGUACCAAGUUCGGCCUUUGUUGCGUUGUCGUGUGUGAACGUGUUCCUGGGAACUGUAUCAACCCUGGCAACCUUCAUCUUGGAGGUGUUUGAGCAGGACGAUGAAGGUCUUGCGGACAUUAACAAGAUACUGAAACAGGCCUUCCUGAUCAUGCCCCACUACUGUCUGGGCCGAGGACUGAUGGACAUGACCGCCUACAAGCUGCAGGCCGAUAUCAUCUCUAGAUUUGGUGAGACAUUGGAGUACAACCUGUUUGACUGGAAAAUAGUUGGCCGCAACUUGUUUGCCAUGUUUGCCCUGGGUAUCGUAUUCUUCAUCUUCAACCUGCUAAUAGAGUACAGGUUCUUCAUCAAACCAAGGAAGGUAAAGGGAGCAACCACUCCACUGACCAACGAGGACAUUGAUGUGGCUCGGGAACGUCAGCGGGUCAUGUCAGGGGGGGCAAACAAUGACACUUUGAAGCUGGAGAACCUCACCAAGACCUACUGGACCCCUGGGAAGAAGGGGAGCCUGACAGCCGUAGACAGACUGUGUGUGGGCGUGCCAAAGGGGCAGUGUUUUGGUCUUCUGGGUGUCAACGGAGCAGGCAAGACAACCACAUUCAAGAUGCUGACAGGAGAUGUGGACGUCACGAGUGGCUCGGCAGCUGUCAGUGAAAUGAGUAUUCUGAAGGACAUGGUGAAGGUACGGCAGCUGAUGGGAUACUGCCCUCAGUUUGAUGCUCUGGACUCCCUCCUCACCGGUCGAGAACAUCUACAGUUCUACGCUCGAGUCAGAGGCAUACCUGAGAAAAACAUCAAAGAUGUGGCAGACUGGGCUAUCAGGAAGCUGGGGCUGGUGAAGUAUGCCAAUGUGGUUGCUGGCAGCUACUCCGGUGGAAACAAGAGGAAACUAUCCACAGCCAUCGCCCUUAUCGGAAACCCUCCCAUUAUAUUCCUGGAUGAGCCAACUACUGGCAUGGACCCCAAGGCUCGCCGCUUCCUUUGGAACUGCAUCAACAGCAUCAUCAAGGAUGGCCGCUCCAUCAUUCUAACAUCCCACAGCAUGGAGGAAUGUGAGGCACUGUGUGGCAGAUUGGCCAUCAUGGUCAACGGCAGGUUCAAGUGUAUCGGCAGUACACAGCAUCUCAAGAACAGGUUCGGCAAUGGGUACACAGUGACCCUGAGGGUGACAGGAGGUCAGCCCGACCUGGAGCCUGUGAAGCGUUACAUCAGAGAGCAGUUCCCCGAGUCUGUGCUGAAGGAAAGCCACCACAACAUGUUGCAGUACCAACUAGGAACCUCCUCCAUCUCCCUGGCUAGACUCUUCGGCAAGAUUGAGGGUGGCAAGAAGGAAAUGGGCAUCGAGAGCUACUCCGUCAGCCAGACAACACUCGACCAGGUCUUCAUCAACUUUGCCAAGCUGCAAACAGACAUGGACAUGGACAUAGAAGAUGAAGAACUUCCUCCAGAUCUGAGCCAGAGGGCAUAUGAGACAGCCAUGAACCCCAACCAACAGCUCCUGAUGAUCGAGGAUGAACAGAGCGUGACAGAAAGUACCGCUGGCCUCAUCCUCCCCAACAGAGCCCGUGACAACAUUAUGACUGAUGUGUCUGUGGCGUAGAUUUGCAACUGUGAUAUAUGUAGAAUCUGUGAUGUUAGCUCAGGCUGUUUUCAUUGUGAAACAAUUGGUCACCAAAUAUAUUUCCUGGAUAACAUUCCAUAAAUGUUAUUGUCACAACCACAACAUUACUGCACCCUUUAGUUUUCUGGUAACACAAUGGCUUAUCUGAUGGUUCACAUGGUAACACAAUACCACACCCAGUGGUACACAUGGUAACACAAUAUUACACCCAAUGGUACACAUGGUAACACAAUAUUACACCCAGUGGUACACAUGGUAACACAAUAUUACACCCAGUCGUACACAUGGUAACACAAUAUUACACCCAGUGGUACACAUGGUAACAAAAUACCACACCCAGUAGUACACAUUGUAACACUAUACCACACCCAGUAGUACACAUGUAGCACAGUACCACACCCAGCAGUACACAUG